GUCAUAGCGGAAGUGUUGGUUGUCUUCACCCGGGAAGGCUUGACGUCAGUUGUCCGAGAGCAGUGAGCGCACACGUCGCUCUCUCCACUACAUCGCACCACUGCGGUAGGAGCGGGGAAGGCAGCAGCAGCAGCAACAGCAACAGCAACAGCAGAGGGGGGACCCGGCAGGCACAGUCCACUUGUUCCUGAACGAAAAAAAAAGAAUGAAAUAAAUAAAUAAAUCCAGGUGGCGACUGUGUCUGCUGACUUUAUCACAGAGGAGGACUUUACCUGAGAGGACAUAUACAGCUGCCCGGGCAAGCCUGCACAGCCCAGCGAGAGCGUACGGAGGGAGAACUUUUGGCUAUUGCUCCUUGAUUUUACCACAUCUCCAUAGUAAUAACCUUGGAAGUCAGAGCUGUUUAUUCCGAGAGAGAGAGAGUGAGUGAGAGAGAAAGGAUGGGACCGCUACUCCUUUCUAUCGCCCUGUGUUUGAGCGCCGCUGUCCCGCAGCAUGUGAAAGCGGCAGAUGGUGAGGAACCAACUUCAGCAGGACCGUGCCAUCCAAACCCUUGCCACAACAGAGGGACAUGCGAGAUCAGUGAGACCUACCGGGGCGACACCUUCAUUGGUUACGUCUGCAAGUGUCCACCAGGCUUCAGUGGAGUUCACUGCCAACACAAUAUUAAUGAAUGCGAAAGGGACCCAUGCAAGAAUGGGGGCAUUUGCACAGAUCUGGUUGCCAACUACUCCUGCGAAUGCCCGGGGGAGUACAUGGGGAGGAACUGUCAAUACAAAUGCUCUGGACCAUUGGGCAUGGAGGGCGGCAUAAUCUCCAACCAACAGAUAACAGCCUCUUCCACCCACCGUGCUCUGUUCGGCUUGCAGAAGUGGUACCCGUACUUUGCACGCCUCAACAAGAAGGGUCUGGUCAAUGCUUGGACCGCUGCCGAAAAUGACAGAUGGCCGUGGAUACAGAUUAACCUGCAGAGGAGAAUGAGGGUCACAGGCCUAAUUACCCAGGGUGCAAAGCGUAUUGGCAGCCCAGAGUACGUCAAGUCUUACAAAGUAGCCUACAGUGAUGACGGGAAGACCUGGAGGACAUACAAAGUCAAGAGCAAAGAUGAGGAUAUGAUUUUCAGAGGAAAUGUCGAUAACAACGCUCCAUCAGCCAACUCCUUCACCCCUCCCAUUGAAGCCCAGUAUGUGCGCAUUUAUCCCCAAGUCUGCAGGAGGCACUGUACCUUACGCAUGGAGCUGCUUGGAUGUGAGCUAACAGGCUGCUCUGAACCACUAGGAAUGAAGUCAGGUCAUGUCCAGGACUAUCAGGUAACAGCUUCCAGCAUCUUCAGGACACUCAACAUGGACAUGUUCACUUGGGAGCCAGGAAAGGCCCGUUUGGACAAGCAGGGCAAGGUCAAUGCUUGGACAGCUGGACACAGUGACCAGUCACAGUGGCUACAGGUCGACUUGCUUGUGCCAACCAAGAUCACGGGUAUCAUCACUCAGGGAGCUAAAGACUUUGGCCAUGUCCAAUUUGUUGGCUCAUACAAACUGGCGUACAGUAAUGACGGAGAGCGGUGGAAUGUAUAUCAAGAUGAGAAACAGGAGAAGGACAAGGUCUUCCAAGGGAACUUUGACAACGACACACACAGAAAGAACGUGAUAGAUCCACCCAUCUACGCUCGGCUCAUCCGGAUCCUUCCCUGGUCAUGGUAUGGCAGGAUCACUUUGCGUGCAGAAAUACUUGGAUGCACAGAGGAAGAGUGAAGCCCUUUCCUCCAUCUUUCUGCCAUCCCCCCCCGUUCCUUGGCAUACUGGAGUAUCUCACCCAGUAUUUCAAAAAUAAACUGUGCAACCUGUAAAAAGAAAUUGAUUUCCAAUGGAUUUUUCAAGAAUAAGUGUUCGGUUUUGGUGGGUUGCUGUUUGUUCUUUUGUACAAUGAUUUAAACCUGCCCCUGUUCCACUUUUGUCUUUUCUUUUACUCUUUAAAGCGUGAUACGUGUCUUUUUAUUCUCCUCAAGAUUUACCAUCCUGUUUGGAAUGAACUUCUGUAAUAUAUAUGGGAAA